AUGCCAAAUCUCCAAUCUCCUGUGCCGGCAGCACAGGGCAAGAUACAGCCCCAGAUACAUCGACGAACACAUUCCUCAACCCCAGAUACCUCUCGAACGACCUCGCCACUAAAGAAAGAGUGGGCGGAAAACUACUUUGCAGAUGAGGUAUUCGGAGGAACAGAUCAGAACAGGAUCGAAGAAUUUGUGCCCUUGCCUGCAACUUCGGCCCUCACUUCAAGGAAUAUCUCACUGCCGUCUGAAGAAGAAACAACUCCUUCGCGACAAUCUCGAACAAAUCAACGUUCUCUUACACAACUAUUACCUACUUGGACGACGCGUCAAAACUCUCAAGGCCUACUUCGAUCGGCAGACAAUUCUCCAACGAAGGAGGGUCAACAUUUCGAAUACAUGGCGUCGUUGACUGGGGAUCAAGGUGGUCAUCCAAGAGUGACCGAUAGGUCAAAAGGGGGGAGAAGUGGUUGGUUUGGUGGUUCCUCAACUACCGAAGUUGCACGAUCAGAACAAGAUGGAUCGGACUCGAGAAUACCAUAUACUAGAGACCCUUCGCCGACUCCAAAUUUCGAGAGAAAGAGCACUCUCCCUGUCCUCGAUUUCAACUCUACUCCCGCAAAAUCAACUGGCUCCUCGGUGUUCGGAUUCUUCUCAUCCCCAAAAACUCCUACCAAAUCAAAUCAAUUGCCUUCAGAUGGGAACAACGACGAAUAUCUAGCGCUUGACAUCCACUCAUCACUAUUUCCAUCCGGUCAAGCUGAUCCCUUUUCACCUGCUGCAUUCAAGAACCUUCUCGUCAACGCGGAAGGUCUGCUAUUAAAACUUCAAACCGCAUACAAACUCCGCACACUCGAAUUCCAUGAAAUGAAAGCCGAGAAGGAUGCCCAAGGAGAAGAACUUGAAGAAGCCGAACUCCGCGCUAAACACCUCAAACUUCAACUUGAAGAUAUGGCCAAGAAAGUUACUGAACAAGACACUGUCAUGGAGGAAAUAGUGAACCAACUCGCUGGAGAAAAGCAGGCUCGGGUGGAAGACAGAGAUCAGAUUACUUCUCGGAUGAAGAAAACUGAAGAAGCAGCGAGUAUUUCACAACAUUGUGCAAGCUGCUGUUCCACAGCCGGGGAAGAAGAUCUUGGGGUCCCCCAAGACACAAGAGUAAAAUGGAGGAAAAGUGCAAGUAGUACAGACUUGAGUGGGGAAAGUGAUGAUGAUACUGCUAGCGGUGGUGGUGAAAGUGUCUUCUCCAGGAGCAGAAGUCCAACACUUACAGUCUCGACUGUCAUGACCAGAGAUAGUACAAGAGACAGCACCCCUGAUGUUACUUCGUCAUUUGGACGUGUUGGUGCUCUACAAAAAGAUGCUCAACUCACUAGUAAUCCUACGAUAGUCGUUCAGUUAAAACCAAAACCAAAACCAAAACCACAAACAUCAACUUUUAAGAAAAUACUGGGAAUCGGCUCCAGCGAGCCGAGUCCUGCAAGUGGAUGUUUGAAUUGCAGUGGCCAGGGAGCUUCAAUGGCAUGGGAUACGGUAGGGUUAUUGAGAGCCGAAAAUAAGGGGUUGAAGGAUAGGGUUGGUGAACUUGAAGUGGCUGUUGAGGGUGCACUGGACAUAUGUGGAGGUCUAUUUCCUGCUGGGUCGGAUUCAUGA